AUGACUGUUUCAUGCCGUAGUGGUGACCAGGACAGCUUUGAACCAACCUCUGAAGCCGAUGAACCUCAUAAUGUGUAUUAUGCUCAGGACACUCCGACAACGAAGGCCCAAUUCCCGUACUUUCGCCCCAUCAAGGCCUGCGCUGCGUCAGCUACGGUCUACUGUCGGUCGUUGAUGUCAGCGGGCAACGGGUUCCCGCCAUUUGAUGCCAUCGACGAUCAAUCACCUGCGAGCCACAUCGAGAGAGGUGCAGGCAUUGGUGAUGUUGGAUACAUUGAUAGUGAAGGCACAUUCGUCUACUGCUUCAACAUAUUUUAUCCUUCCGACCACCCAAUUCAAGAAGAUACAAUGCCCCGAGAAUUCGUCCCCAUUGAACCCCCCUUGGCUGAUUGGGAAGUCAGAACAUCCCAAGAUCAUUAUCCACCAGGCAGUGUCGUUGCCGGCGAAGGAGUUUCCUUCACUUCGAUUUCCCAAAGUCCAUUAAAGAUCGCAUUCUCUACCUCUGCUCGUGAAGGCGCAGUGCUUGUUCUGCCCGAAGGCAACACUCGUCGGAUUGGUACCAGUUUAUGA